AUGGCUCAGAGAGAUCCUCAGUUCAACCAGCAUGUCCUCGUGGACACAACGCCCAUGCCGGACCACAUCCCCAAGGUGGAGGAGAUUGGCGCCACAUCUGCCCCGCUGAUGAGCGCGGCCUACUUCAUAGGAGAUCGGUGCAAGGCGUACAACGACGACUUCAUGAAGUGCAAGGACGAGGCGAACGGGCGCGGCGAAAUUGAGUGCUUGAAGGAAGGGCGCAAGGUGACCCGCUGCGCUGCUAGUGUUAUCAAGGACAUCAACACGCACUGCUUGCAGCAGUUCACCGCUCACUGGGAGUGUCUUGAGAACAACAACCACUACCUCUUUGAAUGCCGCCGCGCCGAGAUGGCCCUCAACAACUGCAUCUUCGACAAAUUGGGCCUGAAGAAGACCAUCCCCGACUCCCCCCCAAACCAGGUUCCCGUGCACCUGCGUCCUCGGCAGAAGUUCGCCCAGUUCCCGGGCCCGCAGUGGUAA